CAAAAGUCUGAAGACUGGAUCAUUCCUGUACAAAACUUAUGAUAACGAUACCGGUGCUGUAACGCCACCGACGUUUAUAAUUCGUGGAACUUGUACUCUGUACCUUUCUUGUUCCUCUGGUCGCUCAUUUAAUACGUCAAUGAUGCACCAAUUCGGAUACCGAAUACUGCUCUUUUGUCUUUCUUUUGGCAUGGCUUAUAGUGUCCCAUUUAAUGACGCUGACCUCAGCGCACCGAGCUUUACCGUUCCCUACAACAGCCUCCAGAUUGCGAUUUUCAACAAGACUUCUCCGGCACCGCAUCCAACCUUCUAUUACGCACCAGUCGCCACUCUCCUCCCGGAUGCGACGGAAAUCUUCCUCGACCCGGCAAGCGGAACCAACUGUGUCUUUGUCGAAAUCAAGUUGUGGGAUAAGGAUUACGUGUCGGCUAUCCAAGACGCCGUCAUACAGCGCACAAAAGAUCCACAGACCGUCGUUUCUCUAAUUCCCUUCCAAUGGACUCGAAUAGAGUACGCGCCAAACAGUGCUGCUCCCAGCUUCAGCAACAGUUCGAUUUCAUGGCAGCCAUUUACCAGUACGCCAUUGCCGCCCACGCUGUCGUUGUGCAUCCGCUGUCAAACACCGGCGGCCUGCAACGAAACCAAGACGGCGCUGCAGUCGGACAGCGCCCGUUUCGCGUCGCAUUUGUUCGUGUCAUUUUCUCCUAAUAUGCCCGCUGGGACGAAAACGAUCCAUACAGCCACCGCGAACACCGGUAAAAGUGUUGCGAACGCGACAACGCCAUCGGCGGGCUGCCACAACAGAAUCCAACCCGAAUCCCCGUUCGACCGCCCCGGGGUCGACAUGGUCACCGUCCACUGGCAGGCUCGCCGAGCCGACAAUCUGUAUGCCUUUUCCGAUGCAGUUAUCGUGGUGACACUUCGCGACCUUAACGACAAACCUUUUAAUUCCACUAACGUAACAACCACUCCUCUCUCGGGAGAAUUUACGCUUCGACUACCACGCACCAAGGACUACAACAUCCUUUUCGAAACCUCUGGAUUCGCAGGAUAUCCAUAUGCUCCCAUCACACUGCGCAACUUCACCCAGGUGCUCAGCUUAGGCAGGGAGGUCUUCAUGGAACCGCUGAUGUUUACUCGCAGCGAAUUGAAGGGCAUUGGCAAAGCAAUGGGAGCCAUACGGCUGGUCAACACUAGCGGCGCCUAUUCAAUGUCAGGAGUUCAAGUCCAACUGCGAGCUGGAAUAAAUAACGUCACGGGUCCAAUUGCGGCGAAUACUACGACGAUAAACGGCACGUGGUCAGUGCCGCUCCCGGGAGGACCCUACACAGCUGUUGCUGUGUAUACAGGAUCGAAGCCGGAUGACAAAUUCGCGGGUCCUCCGUUCACUGUGCAAGCGGUACCUGGAGGAUGGGAUAACAUGCGUGACUGGGCACUAACACCACAGUUUGCCAAGGGAGACGUCCGAAUCGUCCUGCGAGCGACCGGACUGAUAGCUAACGGCAAUUACGGCCCGUUCGAUGUUAAACUGAUGGUUAAGGGGCCGCUGCAGAACAACCCCAUCCAACGUGCCGAAGUGAACGCAAAUGUCACUGUCAGCGCGGACAAACUCAUGGUCUACGAUUACAUGGACCGGAUAUUUGGUAGCGUUCUUAUAAAGAAGCAACUGUCCGGUACCUAUCGGAUAUUCGUCCAGGAGACCGAUGCACUACGGUCAAAACCGGAGACCCGAUGGCCGGAAUGGAAUCUAGCCAACUCGCAGGCCACCGUGGAGAUCUACCGUGGGGAUACACUAUGGGCACAGUAUUUUGUGCCUAUCAGCAGUGGAAACACUUGGACGGUUGCCGAAAUCAACGAAAAGCGCCUCAAUGUGAUCAACGAAAUGGGGUCCGUUAAAUAAUUCUGUGGUCACUGGGGAAACUCGUCCUUCCUAUGAAUUGCAAGCAUUACAGCGAUUUAUGGUAAUGUACAGGUCUGGUGAUAUACCAUCUGUAGUACCAUAAAUCGUUGUAAUGCUGGAAUUCGACUAGGACGAGUGAUACCACAUCCACAUAAUUUAAUAUUUCGCUAAUUAGACACAGGUCAGAGAAAGUCGUUCUUGGGGAAGGGAUUCAAGCUGGGUGGUGAUUUCUGCAAUUUUACUGGUUAAGGGCAUUUACGUACCGCGGUAGUGUUGUACAACUUCUUUGUGGGUGUCACGCGUACAGUUGGAAGUUUUUACCAUUAAAAAUGCGUUUGCUCAGA